GCCAAGACAAUGGAGCGCAAUCCAAAAUCUUUUGAGGAGGCUCGGAAAUUCAUUUUGGAAUUGGAGACGUCUCGUAGAGGGCCCGUGAAUUUGGUUCAGUGGCGUCUUCCCACCCUGUAAACGCUGUGGAUCAGACCGUGAAUGGUACCAAGUCCAAUUACAAGAAGAAGGGCGGGAAAUCCGCUUUCAAAAAAUGGGGAUCAUCCGAGAAGUGUCCAUUUUGUGGAAUCCAAAGUGGCAUUCUCGUGAGGAAUGUCCCGCUUCAAGAUCGUUCUUGUCACGGAUGUGGGCGCAAUGGACAUUGGUUACCAGCUUGUCGAAGCAAAAGCCAAAAUCAGCUUUUGACGAUUCCAAUCUCAAACCUAUGUGCGGACCCAUUGUGGGAGAUCCCAUGGUUAUUACCUUGAAGGAAGGGGCCACACCGUUUGCCAUUAAUACCGCCUACAAAAUCCCCAUUCCUCAGGAGGGAAAGAGGCGAUGUCGCUAUGUCUGGCCUUCGAAUUCAUAAGGUCGUCGACGAUAUGGCCGGGCGCGGAGCACUACCACGAUCUGGUUCGUCUUGCUUGUGAGGUCCUUGAACGGUGUGCACGUUAUGGAAUGACGGUCAAUGCGAGCAAAAGUAUUGUGGGUGGAGCCGACAGAAUUAUUGUGGGUUAUCACAUAUCGCAGAACAGUAUCCAGGCCGAUGCGGAGAAAGUCUCUGCCAUCGGUCAGUUUCCCAUUCCGACAGAUCGGCGUGACUUGAGAUCGUUUCUUGGUUUGGUUAACCAAUUGGGUCAGUUUUCUAGCGACAUUGCUCUGGUAUCCGAACCUCUUC